GCAUGCUCACCUCUGGUUUGCUCCGGAUAGCACGCAGGCCGCGGCGGUAGAGGGCCAUGACGUCCUUCUGCGACUGCGUGUAGCGCUUGAAGAGCACGAGGCUGGGCCGCAUGCUGGCGGCACGCGCGCGCGGGUGCGCGAGCGGAGAUGCGACGGCUUGCACGAGCGAGGCCGCUGCAGACGCAGCUGGCGAUUGGAGAGCGCGCGAAGGUGACGCUGAUGCAGUGGUUGAGGAAACGGCGGUGGUGUGGUUGGGGAGAAGGAAGCAGCAGCGCCCCGCAGCGUGUGGAGGCGGAGCCGCGCCGAGCGAGGCCUGCUUACCUCAUGCGCAGCCCAGCUGUGCCUCCUGCGCCUCUCACACACACGGCACACACAGCACGCAGACAAGCAGCAAAUGCAUGCAUGGCAUUGGCAGAGAGGAGACACGCAGUACGUGCCUGAGCAGAUGUGAGACGGGCCGGUAGGCUGUGCCGGGACGGGCGUGCGGCGCACAGAGGCGAGGCACGGACGCCCCGGCAGCCGUCGGCAGCAGCGCCCCGCAGGCGUAGCCUGCAGAUGCGCCGCCGCUCGCUCUUGCGUAGCGGAUAGAGGAACCAGGCCUGUGGGUGGGCAGGCAGGGCCUACAAUAAGCCCGCG